GCGGCAGUUAAAUAACCGUUCCUCUUUUUGAAAAUCUUACAAUGAAAACCCUAGAAACUUUUCGAUCUUCACCCAAUCAUGUCCCCCAUUCUCAAAAUUCUUACUCACAUUCUUACACUCUACAUGAUCCCAUUAAUUUCUUCUGAUUCAUCUCAACACUGGAUUACAGGUCCACCGCGCAUUCCGAAACCCGAAACUAGGCUCUCAUACCCUUUGAUCACUGAUGAAGAAAAGAUAUAUACAUGUCUGGAAAAGACUAUACUUGUAUUUAACAACAAUGGUUCAAUUAUAAAUAGAAUACCUCUCAAUCACACAUGCAAUCCUGGUAUGACACCUGUUCUUGGUGCUUCAAGAAAGAUAUAUAUGAUCGCGGAAAAUAGAGUACUAAAAAUCAAUACUAUGAAGAUACGAGCUAAUGAAUCCGCAUGGGAAGUGUUCUUGGGCCCGGAAACAGGUGUCCAAGGGUUGAAUAAGAUUAUCGGGCUUGCGGUCAGCAUAUCUAGUUCCUAUGUUAUUGUUGCUAUAGAGAGAAGGGGACUGUUUGGUUACAGGUAUGAUGGGAGACUAAAGUGGAGUAUAGGACCGGCUGUUAAUCCAACGGGUUACCGUCAAGGUUGUAGAAGGGGUUUCAUAGGGUGUUUUUUUAUUUCGGUCCCUGUGAUUGAUCUGUGUGAUGCUAAUAUUUAUGUUGCGAAUAAUCAAGGAGAAGUUUAUUCAGUGUCGAUUCGCACUCGUCGGUUUAAGUGGAUACAGGAUUUAAGCUGGUUGGAUAGGAAUUUCACUAUAACCGCUGGAAACAAUGGUUUGCUGUAUGCCACUGUGCCAGAAAGAUCCAUUAUUGUUGCGCUAGAUGUGUUGACAGGAUCCGUUAAAUGGCAGAAAGUUAUUGGGCCGUUAAGCACACAAGACUCUGCACCAGUUGCUGAUAAUAGGGGUUGGAUAUCUAUGGGUUCGUUAGACGGAUUUCUGUACUCGAUUUCACCAUCUGGGGUUGUAAGGAAGUUCUUCCACAGAAAGAAUCUAGAUACUGUGGUUCAACAGGCGGUUCUUGAUUGUUCUGGCUAUGCAGUUUAUAUGUCUCAGACAAAAUUCGAUAGAAAGAUUAGCCGUGCUAAUGACGAAAACACUUAUGUUUCAGCAAUGACACCGUUAAAGACUGUUGUCACAUUGCUGGUUCCUUCAACAGGAUCGGUUAUUUGGUUUGAAAGCUAUCCUAGUGGUUCGGUGGUAUCAAGCUUGUUUCCCGAUAGUGAUUUAAGGCGUUUUGUUGUGGACGAAAGAAUGCUUCUUGCUUUUCUUUCUAUUUCCAAUACUGGAAAUCGGCUUUCAUGCUUUAGCACACGUCAGAAACUUGCAUCAAGCUGUUCAUUGAUGGACAUCAAGAAAGUUAGCAUCUACACAGGUAAUGAGAAAGCAAUCAAAUUAUUUCUCUUCUAUGAAACAAUUCUGUUGAUAUUACUAGCAGCACUAGUACAAUUUUGCUGUGUAUUUUGGAGAAAAAAGAAGCUUCGAAAUCAAAAUCUUAGAAACUUUCUCGAAAAGAGAAGUUCGCUUCGGCUGCAGAAGAAGGUAUGUGAUAGAACAAUCACUGAGCUCGAGAAAAAAACAGCAGAGGGAUCAUCAACCAAUGAAAUGCUAGAAAAACUCGGGGAUUUGGUUAAAGAACGCGAAGUUAUAACGAGAAAGCUCUCAACCACAUACAGUUUGGGAAGAGAUGCAACAAGUCCAAAGUCACUGUCACUAAUACCGCUCUCCGAUGAUAAGAAAACAAAGAGUUUUUCUCCCAAAAGUGGGCAGAAAGAGAGUGCAACUAUCUUCCAUACAAUUAGUGACGCUUCUUCAGAGGACUAUAGCAGCAUUGACGAAAAGACGGAGUCAAAGGGGAAGGCUUUAAUGGAACCAGAAAGCGCUAGUGAUGGUGAUGAUGACGGUGAACAUGAGGCAAUUGUUGAAGCACAAGGAGUGAAGAUUGAUGAUGAGGGAGAUGAUCUGCAAACUGGUGGCACUAGUAUGCGAAAGAGAUCGAUUUCUUUAACCAGGAAUGUCGGUAGUAGCACGUAAAUGCUUACUGCAGAACUUUUUAGGUUGUGUUUCUUGAAUUGUAAUGAUGGUUUGUUUAGUAGUUUAAACAGCAUGACUUCUUGCCUGUAAAGUGUCUUUUAAGGGUAUGAUUGAUUUAACACUUUUGCUGAAUCUCAUCACCCUCUCCUCCGAAUAGUUUUAGUGUCCAUGCUAUCUAGUGGACAACGAUCUUCGAAAUAUUGCAAUGGGUGACCUCUGUGUACCAAUUACUAUCAAUGCGUUAAGACGUGAAUUCUGCA